AGAGAGAGAGAAAGAACCUUUUAUUUAUAGCCCUUCCUUUACUUCCUGCAACUUUUCAGUUUUUCAGUUUCCAUAAAAAUUUGAACAAAGAAAAAAAAAUAGUAUUUCAAAACGACUAUAAAUACACAACAUAAGAAAGAAAACCCUGCACCAUCUCUGUCUUUUUCUUCUUGUUAUUUAUUUAUUUAUUUCUACAAGUUAUAGGUUUGUCCUACUCUAAACCAAGAAACAUGUCACAAAGGUUAGCAUAGAACAAAAUAGGUAGCAACCAUCCUCUAAUCAACUUGUUAUUUGUAACCAAAAUCCAACCUUGUUUGCUUCUUUUUUUGCCUGAUUUUAUGCUGAGAUUAUUUUUUUUAUUUGUUGGUGGUGCUAGUGGUUUACAAAUAUGGCCAUUCAAGCGCAGUUGUAUUCGGAGAAUCUCGGGUUUUCUUUAGGGAGUUCACAGGAUUUAAUGGAUAAUAAUGUUUGUGGAUUCAAUCAAUUUUGUUUUAAUCCUCAACCGCAGCACCAGCAACAACAACAACAGCCCUGUUUGACACAAAUCCAACAGCAACAGUUACAUAUUCUGAACCAGAAAAAUAAUUCCCAGAAUUUGAUGAACACAAAUUAUACCCAAUCACUUAUGUUUCCUCAUACCCUGGCUUCCCUAUUUGAGAAACAGAGGGUCGAGAUUGAUCACUUCAUCAGUUUACAAAACGAGAGGCUGAGAUUGGCUUUACAGGAACAGAGGAAGCAACAAGUUGCAUUAAUCUUGAGAAACUACGAAUCAAAGAUUCAUUUAUUACUGAGACAAAAAGACGAAGAAAUUGCUAAGGCUUGCAAAAGGUCAAAAGAAUUAGAAGAUUUCUUGAAAAGGGUUGAAAUGGAGAAUCAAACAUGGCAGAGAAUCGCUAAUGAAAACGAAGCCAUUGCCGUUUCUUUAAACAAAACAAUCGAACAACUAAGAGAAAAUGCCUGUUUUCAAUCAACCAAUGUAGGAGAUGCAGAGUCUUGCUGUGAUGUACCAUCAAUUGAGGACAAAGUACAAUCAUCACAACAACAAGAAACGAGAAAUAUGAUGUGCAAAAACUGUAAUUCUAGUAAGUCGUGCAUGGUUUUCUUGCCUUGUAGGCAUCUUUCUUCAUGCAAAGAUUGUGACUCUUUUCUCCAUUCUUGCCCUCUCUGUAAUAUGGUCAAGAAAGCAACCAUAGAGGCUUUGAUUUGAUCUUCUUUCAAAAUCAUUAGUCAUUCUUGUUUCCUAAGGAAAAAAUUAGUCACAUAGAGGAA